AUGGAUGCUACGAUUUACCAAAUCAUCUUUGGGGAGUUUGGGGACCCAAACUGUAGUUUGAUGGAUGCCUUUCAAGACACUUUCUACGAAAACGCAUCGUUCUCUUUGAUGGAUUUUGACGGUUUGUAUUGCAAUGCCACAACUGAUGAGAUUGGAACAUGUUGGCCAAGGAGCAACACCGGACGGAUGAUGGAGAGACCCUGUCCAGAGUACAUCAACGGGGUAAAGUACAACACCACAAGGAGUGCUUACAGAGAAUGCAUGGAUAAUGGAACGUGGGCUCUGAAGAGCAACUACUCCAGUUGUGAACCCAUUUUGGAGGAGAAGAGGAAAUAUCCAAUGCACUAUAAGAUUGCUCUGAUCAUCAACUACCUAGGCCACUGUAUUUCUGUGGGAGCUCUUGUCAUAGCCUUCAUUCUCUUCUUAUGCUUAAGGAGCAUAAGAUGCCUUCGAAACAUAAUCCACUGGAACUUGAUAACAACCUUCAUUUUGAGGAAUGUUAUGUGGUUCCUACUUCAGUUGAUUGAUCACAAUAUACAUGAGAGCAAUGAGUCUUGGUGUCGUCUUAUAACGACUAUAUAUAACUAUUUUGUGGUGACCAAUUUUUUCUGGAUGUUUGUUGAAGGAUGCUACCUUCACACAGCCAUUGUGAUGACUUAUUCAACGGACAAGCUAAAGAAAUGGGUCUUCUUGUUCAUUGGCUGGUGCAUUCCAUGUCCUAUAAUUGUUGCAUGGGCCAUUGGGAAGCUUUACAAUGAAAAUGAACAAUGCUGGUUUGGGAAAGAACCUGGAAAGUAUAUUGACUACAUUUAUCAAGGGCCGGUCAUCCUUGUUCUUUUGAUAAACUUCGUUUUCCUCUUCAACAUAGUAAGAAUUCUCAUGACCAAGCUGAGAGCUUCUACCACAUCAGAAACCAUACAGUACAGAAAAGCGGUCAAAGCGACGUUAGUGUUACUGCCUCUGCUGGGGAUCACCUACAUGCUAUUUUUUGUUAAUCCCGGAGAGGACGACAUCUCGCAAAUAGUUUUUAUUUAUUUCAAUUCAUUUCUACAAUCAUUUCAGGGGUUCUUUGUUUCAGUAUUCUACUGCUUUCUAAAUGGCGAAGUGCGCUCAGCCGCCAGGAAAAGAUGGCAUCGUUGGCAGGACAACCAUGCCCUGAGAGUGCGUGUGGCACGUGCCAUGUCCAUCCCCACCUCACCCACCAGGAUCAGCUUCCACAGUAUAAAACAGACCACAGCUGUUUGA